CACUGCUAACCUGUUACAUGGAGAAGACACGACACAGACGCUCGGAGGAGAGACCGGAGCUUCGCGGACAGGAAUCGGGAUGGUGUAUACCACGGCUCUGCUCUUCGGAAACGGAGUGCUGUCGGAGGAAGAGAUGAUCGGGAGGUACCUGUCCCGGCGGCCGGUCCCCGGGACGAGCUCCGCCCGGCGGGGGAGCGUCGAGAGCUGCGAGGAGAGCGACAGCAGCCCGCACUUUGCUGAUCUGGAACCUGAACUCCGGCUGCUCCAGCAGGAUGUGACCCGGCAGAUCGAGCGCUGCCUGACGGAGGCCAAGGCCUCCACCCUGCACUGCCGGGCGCUGCUGCUGCCCCGUCACAUGACCACCAGGGUCGGCGUGGACGUGGUGCGAGCCUCGGCCGACGAGCCCUGCGGCCUCCGGGGCGCCUCCGUCCACAUCUACGUGGAGAGGAAAGACGGCCUGGAGCCCGCGGGCAGCUUCAUCCCCGAUCCCUCCGUCAACUCCACAUUCGAACUGUCCGUGAUCUUCAAGGCGGAUAAAGACGACGGCUGGCCGCCGCUCAAGCACAUCUUCGACGGCAGCAAAGAGCUGAAGCUGAGACCGGAGUACCGGCUGGUCAAGAGGAAACUCUACUCCUCUGCCAGUCCUGUCAUUCACGAUUUUAACUAAACUCAAAGCUGAAGGUGCACUACUGUCUGGAGAGCCUGUUAUAUUGUAACUCUCAGGAAGUGGAUUGUUUUUCUAUGAAUGAGUAACUUAGAGUAGCUUGGUCUUCCACUGUUGUGAACAUUACCACAGUAUUUUGCACAGAAUUGUUGGUGUGUGUGUGAACUGUUGUUUGCUCUGGGACUGGGCGGGUCUCACUCCUGAAGUGUGCUGUUUAUUUAUGUCACUGUAAAAUAAAUAUUUUCUAAGA